CCUCGGUCCGGAGAAGGCCCUUACAAGUCCACAGGGUACAAUUUGAUAUUGACCGAGAAUCCCACGGUAACAGUCCCUUGAUUCUUCAUCGCUUCUUCCUCCCCUCGAUCAUACUCACUGUGAAGCCUUCACAUCCGACGUCUGCCAUCACACCCAACGAGACCUUUUUGACUACCCUAAAUCGCCACGAUGCCUCGCAAAGCCGCCGCCCCAGCCUACGUCCUCGGCGUAGGCAUGACCAAGUUCAUCAAACCCCGCGGCAAGGUUGACUACCAUGAACUUGGUUUCGAGGCUGGUGUCAAAGCCAUGCUCGAUGCCCAGAUCAACUACGAUGAGGUCGAUCAAGGAGUUGCUUGCUAUUGCUACGGCGACUCUACUUGUGGUCAGCGCGUCUUCUACCAAUUUGGCAUGACCAAAAUCCCCAUAUACAAUGUCAACAACAACUGUUCAACCGGCAGUACGGGCUUGAACAUGGCCAGACAGGCCAUUGCAUAUGGCGCCGCGGAUUGCGUCCUUGUCGUUGGCUUCGAGAAGAUGUCGCCCGGUAGUCUACAAGCCUACUUCAAUGAUCGCGAAAACCCUAUGAGUACCACCAACUCGCUGAUGAAAGAAACAAGAGGAAUCACAAAUGCCCCGGGUGCCGCCCAGCUAUUCGGCAAUGCAGGUCGUGAAUACAUGGAGAAAUAUGGCGCAAAAGCAGAAGACUUUGCCGAGAUUGCCCGGGUCAACCACGAGCACAGCAAGAGAAAUCCAUACUCACAAUUCACCGAUGAAUACACGCUCGAACAGAUCAUGAAGUCGACCAUGAUCUUUGAACCUUUGACCAAGUUACAAUGCUGUCCCACUUCCGACGGCGCCGCUGCUGUCGUGGUCGUCUCACAAGAAUUCCUCGACAAGCGACCUCACCUCAAAGCUCAGGCCGUUCUGAUUGCCGGUCAACAGAUGGCCACCGACUCGACAGAACUCUUUAGCAAAUCUUCAAUGGACCUUAUCGGAUUCGAAAUGUCCAAGUAUGCCGGUGAACAAGCCAUGAAGGAAGCAGGCAUCACGCCCAAUGAUGUCCAAGUCGUUGAAUUGCACGACUGCUUCAGCGCCAAUGAGAUGUGCGUGAUUGAUGCGCUCGGCCUGUCUCCCAAAGGCAAGGCCCACGAACUGGUUCAAAACCACGAUAUCACCUACGGUGGAAAAUAUGUCAUCAAUCCUUCAGGUGGCCUGAUCUCCAAGGGUCAUCCUCUCGGUGCAACCGGCCUUGCGCAAUGCGCCGAAUUGACAUGGCACCUCCGUGGAUGGGCCAACAACCGUCUUGUCAAAGACACAAAGUACUGCUUGCAACAUAACCUGGGUCUCGGCGGUGCCGUCGUCGUCACCGUGUACAAGCGUGCAGAUGGCAAGGCUGCCGCCCCCGUCUCGGACCAGGAGGUCGGCAAGAUCAACAAGUUGGGAUACAACCCGGCCACCCAGGCCAAGGGCUUCACACUCGCGCAAGCCAAGCAAGUGCUUAGCAAGGAGUCAUACUCGGACUGGGCGGUCCAAGACGUUCAAAAUAAGGUCCAGGCCAGGUUUUAGGUGACACUGCCUACCUUAUUCGGCGGAGAUAUGAUAUGUAAAUGAAUGUAAAUCUGCACAAAAUGAUACAGACUUAAGCUUCCACCUUCAAAU